UAAACAAGGUCAAGUAUUCGCUGCAGCAUUCAUUCUCCACUGACUCGCUGGACGACUUUCUCUGGAGAGGGACCCAUCCUGUGGCACAGCACACACCUUACAGUUGUUUCCUCUAGUAAAGGAUUUCUGUGAGCAGCAGCUACCAUGAUGCAGUGUCUUCAGUUUCUGGUUGAACCAACCAGGAACGUUAUAGAGAAGUUUAAGGAGUUUCGCAAGAAGGUGAAGAAUGAGAAGCGAGAACCACUGGAUGAGAGCCAGCAGUUCAUUGUCAGCCUGGCUAAGGAUCUGGGACGCGUCUGUCAGAGGUCAGAGGUGUUGGAGCACAUCUCAGAGAGUGAAGAUGUGUGGCCCACUCUCACCUGCAGGGCCUUCAUUCUAGAGUGGGCAUCGCUGCUAGAGAGCAAGAAAAGACCGAUGCUGACUGAUGGAUGGCCAGAGAGAAGUGACUGGAAGGAUCUGGCUCUGAGCAGUGAGCAGGAUAUGGAGAGCGCCAAGAGAGUUAUUCUCACCUGGACCAAAGACCUGAGGGCCCAACCUGAGCAAAGUGUCUGGCCUGGGGAGCAGGUGGUGGCGGUUUUGGAUGACUUUGAGAAUCAGUGGAAAAGAGGUCGGAUGGCCACCCUGCUGUCAGCCAUGGAGCUGGUGUUCUGGACGCUAAUCAGCAAAGAACUAGACAAGGAGAACAUUCCCCAAAAGUGGCUUAUGUGGAAACAGAGGAGCCAAAAAAUAGGUGCCACCCCAUAUAUUCCUCACAUAGUGUGGGACUGGAUCUGUGAUGCAGGAGUGGAGGUGACCCUUGACCUGGACACGGCCAAUCCUGACCUGCUGAUCUCCGAGGAUGAGAAGCACAUGCGCUGUGGUUUCGAGCGCAAAGACGUGGCCAACUAUCACCAGCGCUUCGACGGUUGGUGGUGUGCGGUGGGAACCGAAGGCUUCGCCUCUGGCCGCCAGUACUGGGAGGUGGAUGUGGGAGAAAUGGACUGGCGCAUCGGUGUGGCCAAAGAGUCCGCCUUGCGUAAGGGCUUCAAGUCCCUGAACACCAACACUGGCUACCUGACCCUACGGCUGGAGCGCGGCAUGGAGCUGAAGGCCCUCACCGUGCCGUUCACCGCCCUGCCUGCCGCCUUGAUUCCUCCAAAGGUCGGCGUCUACCUAGACUACAACCAGGGCCAGCUGUCCUUCUACGACGUGGAGAACCGCUCCCACAUCUACACUUACAACGAGACAUUUGGUGAAAAGCUCUUCCCGCUCUUCGGAACGGUGGAGAUCGUGAAAGACCUGGUGAUCAGAUCCGCCGGGAACAGGAGCCACUGCCUGUGUCCCGGCUUGUGCCUGUGGGGUUGAGCCCCUAGCCGAAUCAAACCGGAGCCUAGUGCUUAAUCUCUAGACCAGUGCUUCUCAACUGGGCGCAGCUUUAAUAUGUUACCAUUUGUUCUGAUAGAUUUGCACAUAGACGGGGAAAAAUGUGAAAUGGAAGUAUUUUGCGAAGUACUUUUACAAUUAAGAGUUUUAAGUCAUGAGCCAAACCAACCAGCUAUGAGGUGAAUCACAACAUUACAAACGUAGAUUUGCAGUUCUUGGAAAGGAUGAAGCAUUGUGAAUGACAGUCAAAUUAAUAACAAUGGAGAAAAAUAUGCAUAUAUACACAAAUAUUUAAGCAGUUUGAGAGCGUUUGUGAGCGUUAUGUCAUUUGAAGUGCUUUGCAUUUAUGGGAGUGCGUGGGCGCUUAACACAAUUUGCUUGUUUCAGUUCCUUGAUUUCUCUGAAGAAUCAUGGGUAAUGUUGUUUUUCACUGGGUGAGAAACAAUCGAAAUUCAAAAGACCAUUAGAAACCACUCAAGCUUUGAAGACAAUCUUCUUCUUCAGCCAAGUUCUGAGAAUGUUUCGCUAACGUUCCCAUUUAGCAUACAUUAUGGGAAUGUUAUAACUUCUAAAUGUUCUCUAAACCAGCUGAAACUAUUAAGUAGUAGCAGUUUGAAAAACUUAGACAAACAUCCAACUAAAAUGUUUCAGAAAAACGUUCCAUGAAUAAUCUAUAAACAAUGGUUUUGUGCUAACGUUUUGAGAGCGCUGUUGAAGUCCAGACAACUUUCAACAAACAUUCUAUUGAUGUUACUUGAAGAAUGUUUGUUCAUAACUGUGAGAGAACUUUGCCAGAACCUUCUUCAAAGUUCUGAGAACAUUCCCUGUUAGCUGGUAUGUUAAUCAUUUUGAGUAAUGUAAAGAUUUGUGUGUUUGAUGCUAAGGACUAUUUUUGGCAAUACUGUGUUGGUUGACUUGAUGUAAACUUUGGGUCCUGAAGCAAAACCAGUUGAGAACCAGUGUUCUAGACCUCAUUAGUAUUAGAUAAACCACUGGGCCAUAUUAGUUGGUCAGUUCGUAGUGACUGACAGUGAUCCAUAGCAGUCAAGACUAUGCUGCUGCUUCUGUCUGCACCUUAUUUAAUACACUGUUCGCCUGCUCUGUCUGCACUUUCAUAUUCAUUUGUCAAACUCAAAUCAUGACAUGAAAACGCACUUUAUGUGAAUAAUAAAUCGAAGUAAGUUCAA